AUAGAAACUCUGACAUCGCUCUCACAGUUACGUGCUGUUGUCAGCGUUUUGUGAAAAAUCUGUUGUCACUAGUUAUUGCGAGAACGUUUAUAAAAUAGGUUGGUAACGUGCUUGUGGUGGUUGUUGUUUAGUGUCUGUUGAGGGGAAGCUGUGUGACUAACGUUUGGUGCUAACGUUAGUGCUCGUUAAGCUAACUCAGUAGCCCCGACGUUACUGUAUCCACAGCGAAAACAACGUUAGUUCACAUGAGUCAAAGUAAGUUUCACCGAUGGAGAUCACUCCCAAAGCGGCUAAAUUAAAAGUGUAUUCUUCACCUUGUAGUUCAGUGGAGUCAAGCCCCUGUGAAUAUAAAGAGCAAAAGCAUCAUCAAAAGCUGAGUUCCUCUCUGAGGGAGAGGCUGAAGAGAUCAAGGCGCUCCUUCACCUCGCCCUUCUCUGUGGCCAAACGCCUUUGUGUUGAUGAUGAGGAGGAGAACGGCCAACAAGUUUCAGCAGAUUCGCGGGAGACAGUUAAUAACCCUCCACUGAUCAUUCCCAACGUAGAUGUAAACCGAAAUGAGGCAAGAUCAGGGAGUGAAAGGUUUUCGGGAACUAUUCCCCAACCAACACAUCAUCCUUCAGAAGACUUUGCACAACAACGAGAACAACUGAGGAAGGAGGUUAAAGACAAGAUGGAGACUCUGCGCAGGCUCAAGAUGGUUCAAACGUACAGAAGCAAGAAUGAUUUAACACGGCUCCAAACCUUGAUUGACAAGUGGCGGAGUUGUGCUCAGGCUGCACUAUAUGAGCUCCAGUCAGACAUCCCCAUACAUGGAGGAAAGGCCAGUCUGUCAGAGCUUAUUGAUCUCUUUGGGCUGGAUGAUGGCAUUCUGCACUUUGACCGCACAGAGGAGGACUUCACUAACUAAUAAAUAUGAUUUAAAAAACAAGCAACAUUUGUUUCAUCAGUGUAAAAAAUUCUAGAGGGCAACAGUCAUAUUUAAAAUAUAAUGAGUUGACUAAUUGUUGUGUUUGUUGCUGCUAUUCCAUUUUUAUUCACAGCUGAAGUUGUACAUUUCAUGUUAAGUUUACUUGCUAAGAGGCAUGUAAAUAAACCCAUGUUUUCUGUUGAAGAGA